ACUUAUAUAGACUUUACCCAAAUAUUGAAAAGCAAAAGAAAAAGGAACAAAAUAACAAUCAUGAAUUGCCAAACCAAAAGCCAAUUAUCCACGCGUCAUCCCUCGUGUCCCCACGCGUUCCGCUCUUUCCUCCCUCUUUCAACGCGCCUCCCUUCUCCAGUCCAAAGUCAAAUUCCCUUCCCUUCCUUAUUUAAACCCCUUCUCUUCACUCUCUCCGCCGCAAUCCUCCUCUCUCUCCGCCGCAAAUCUCCACAAACAAACAACAAUUUUUAAUUAUUAAAAAAAAAAAAAGAAAAGAAGCAGAAAUUUCAACAUUAAAAAUCCCCAUUUUCUACCCCCCACCUUGUAUGACGAAGCCCUCCUCCGCAGCCGCCGCCCUUGACACUUCCGAUUCACGUUACAAGGGAGUACGCCGCCGUAAGUGGGGCAAGUGGGUUUCCGAAAUCCGUCUCCCCAACAGCCGUGAACGGAUCUGGUUAGGCUCUUAUGAUUCUGCCGAGAAAGCGGCGCGUGCAUUCGACGCCGCACUAUUUUGCUUACGUGGCCGUUCCGCUCGUUUCAAUUUCCCACAGAAUCCACCCGAAAUCCCCGACGCUACUUUACUCUCUCGAUCCGAGAUUCAAUCUGUCGCUGCUCAAUUCGCUAACUCCGACCCAAUUCCCUCCUCGGAAUUCCACCGACCCACCACCACCGAUUCUCCCUCUCCCUCGCUGGUUUCCGAAAUGACAACCUCGGUUAUUGAGUGUGAUGAAAGAUCGCUGUUUUUGGAUCUUCACACCGCCAUGGGAUCGGAUAACUACGGAACGGAUUUCGGGUUAUUUCCGGAAUAUAAUCCAUUUUAUAAUGAACUGUUCAUAAAUUCUUCCUCUUCUUCUUCAACAAUUCCUUGUUAUGAUUAUGGAGAUGAGAUUUUUGAAGCCACUCAUCAAGAUGAUUCAUCGUAUCUUUGGAAUUUCUAAACCAAAAAACAGAGUUCUGAAGGAUUAUUUUUUUCCUCUUCAGUUUCAGAACUUUUGGAUUUAAUUUCUUCUUCUUCUUUUUUUUUUUUUGCCUUUUGGGGUCUUGAACUUUUUAAAAUCUUCUUCGUACCCCCUUUUGAGUUUUUAUUUUCAUUUCAAUCCUUUUGAAAAUUGAUGGACCCAAUAUUUUUUUAAUCUCGGCCAUCGAUUUUUCUACUCAUGUUCUUUGGGAAGAAGAAAAAAUGUGUAGAAUUGUUCUAGUGGACUUAGUGAGAAGUAUUGUUUGUAAAAAAAGAAAAAAAUUAUAUAUGAAGUAAUUUAUUUCAGGUUUAAAAUCAUGUAUUUGAAUCAAUUAAAAUAGGACACCCAAUUCAAUUUUGUUUGUA